AUGACAACUAAAAGGUUCACCAGGGAGCAAGUCUCCAAGUACAACAACAAGACUGAGAGCGUGUUCAUCAUUGACAACGUCGUAUACGAUGUUUCGAAGUUCCUCGACGAGCACCCCGGCGGACACGAGGUGCUCAUGAACCAAGUCGGCAAGGACGCCUCUGAAGAUUUUGAGGAUGUCGGCCACAGCAUCGACGCCAAGGAGCUCAUGAAGAAGUACGUGAUCGGGGAGGUGGUAGAAGAGGAGCGCAUCGAGCGACCGAAGCGCAACCAGGGUUGGGAAGUGGACAAUAAGGAACAAGAGCCCUCGUUCGUCAACACAUGGAAGUUCCCUGUGUUGCUGGGUGUCGUGGUGACGAUACUCUACUCGUAUCUGUUCGGGUAG